AUGACCAUCAACCCGACCUACCUUGCGCAACGGACGCGCUCCUCCGUCAACUGGCAGGAUGCGAAGUACCGAGUCCUCAAGUCAUACCGCGAGUGGCUGCGCGCGUCCCCCGAGAUCCAGACCAUGUACUCUCUGAACAUGCCCGUUUCCGCUAUCCGCACCAAGAUCCGCCAGGAGUUUGAGAAGCACCGUUAUGUCAACCAGAUGAGCGUGGUGGAUGUCCUGCUCUUCCAGAGCCACGCCGAGUUCCAGGAAACCCUCAACUACUGGAAGCAGCUGUCCCACGUCAUGAAAUACUUCCGCCCCGAGGAAGACCCUGGUGCCCGCUUGCCCCGCAACUUCGUGUCGGGCUUCCUGGAGGGCCGCAACUGA